AUGUGGGAUAAAAUUCUAUUCUUGUUCUGUGUAACUACGACUUUAUGGGAAGUGAAUUCCGUGUAUCUGAAAAAUACCGUACCUACGGAAAAAUAUGUUCCCUGUAAUUUAGGAUUGUUACAUUUUGAUAAAGUUCGUGAAAAUUACUGGAAGUGUACAGUGAAUUUUGGACUUUAUAACAUAACAGAUGCUGUUAUGUCGAUCGUUUUUAUUAACAAAAUCAAUGUGGAUACCUAUCAAAACAACUACUUCACAGUACAAAAAACAAACAAGUAUAGUCUAUUAAUAUCUUCAAAACAACUUCUACUGGAAAAAUUCGUCUUUAAUGUGUCUACAGAAAAUUUUAAGAAAAAUGAUAAUGAUGUUCCUGUUGUCAAUUUGUUGACUCUAAACAAUAUUCCUCUAUGCAACGAUAGAAUUAAGGCAGCGCUAAGAACGAUACCAGCGAAUGUAACUCACAGUCAUUCAGGCAAGCUGCAUACCCAUGUCUGUGGCAGAAGGCUCAUCAACCAUACAGAACUGGUUACAACAAGAGCUGAAGCUCAACAGGGUGACUGGCCCUGGCACGUCGCUCUUUAUCUUAAGGAGAGCCGAAAUACAAUAAGUUACCAUUGUGGUGGCAAUGUCAUUUCUAGAACUGCGAUUUUGACUUCAGCUCACUGUGUUUCCAAUAACGGUGUUUUAAGAAAUGUUAGCACCAUCUACAUAGUUGCUGGACUGAGUAAUUUGACAAACUCCAAGCAGCCAGGAAAGCAAAAACUCGUUAUAGAACAAAUCAUUAUGCACCCAGCGUAUAAAAGCGGUGAUCCUACAUCAGAUUUAGCAAUAAUCAAAGUGAAAAAUAUUGAUUUUACGGAUUACGUUCAGCCUAUAUGUGUCUGGGGGCCCGUUUUUGAUAAACAUAAAUUUUAUUAUAAAGAAGCUACGAUGGUAGGCUUCGGUCUUACAGAACGCAAUAUGGUAUCUACAGUAUUAAGAUCAACCCACGUAAAAGUGCAAAAUGACUCUACUUGCACCUCUUUUAUGCAGACUUACAAAUUAUAUUUGAAUGAUUACACUUUUUGCGCAGGAAACGGUCCUAAUUCCACUGCAAAUCCUCUCAAUGGUGAUAGUGGAGGCGGACUGGUAUUUAGUACCAUGCAACCUGACCAUAAGAUUAGUUGGUUCUUACGAGGAGUUUUUUCAAAAUGUUUUUCUUCCCCUGGUGCUUCCGUCUGUAAUUCUAGUUACUAUGUUGUGUAUACUGAUGUGGGACCAUACUACGGAUGGAUUUAUUACCAUGCUGACCUAGACUUCAGUGAUAAUGUUAUGGUAUCAUACAUCAAUUAA